UUCUAAUUUAGGUAUAUUAAUCUUCUUUUCUAAGAAAAUAAAUACGAUAUUAAGUUAAUUAUGACUUCACAUAAUUGAAUCAAAAGUUUGUAAUAAAAAUACUAUCAAACCACUUCUAUUCCGAGAAUAUUUUAUUUAAAAUUGUUGUCACCAAUUUCAAUGUCACAAUCGAAACGUAUUUUGUGUAACCUAAAAAAUCGUACGUUUUAAGGUCAAGAAUUAUUUGAUGAAAUUAUCAUAUUAUGUUAUCAUAUAUCAGUUAGAGGCUAUCUCGUUGAAUUACUUAAUAUACAGUGGUGAUAUACGCAGUGAUUCAGCGCUUCCAAACACUCCCGUGGUUUAGAAAAUAAGCAAAAAUGUUGCGGAAUUUAUUACGAAGUGUAACAACACGAAAUCUACGUUGUUCAAUUAAGAACAACGGUGUAACAACGAAUUUCGUCAAUCAGAGGAGCAUAGCGCCGUUAUCUACUACAGAAUUAGCUUUAAAGGAGGAAAAAGUAAAAGUCACAUUCGUCUUGUAUGAUGGGAAGAAAUUGGACACGGAAGCUAAAGUAGGUGACACACUGUUGGAUGUGGUCGUCAAUAACGACCUGAACAUCGAAGGGUACGGCGCGUGUGAAGGCACUCUUACCUGCUCCACUUGUCACGUUGUGUUAAAAAAACAAGAUUAUGAUAGGUUACCAGAAGAAGCGUGUGAUGAAGAAAGAGAUAUGUUAGACCUGGCUUACGGUUUAACGGACACCUCAAGACUCGGUUGCCAGAUCACGCUAACCAAAGAUAUGGACGGACUAGAAGUCAAAGUUCCAGAGACAAUUAACGACGCUAGAAGUUGAUGUCAGCUGUCAACUGUCACAUAGUCUAUGGAACGUGUUUUUUGGCGGUUUUUUUUUAUCUAUGUAAUGGAUUAUUGUUUGAAAAUUUUAUUUGUAUGGAUUUAGGCGUGUUCCUAUUUGCAUAGAAUUCGUAUCUCUUGUAAGAUGUUAGAUUUAGGUCCGGAUUAACUUUUUUGUUAGGGGGCCGUUCAAAUAUUACGUAAGAACCAUGGGGGGGUCUCUGUUUUGCUUAUUUCGGAUGAUAUGGGGGGUAGGGGAGUGUAGAUAAUGAUUACGUCAUCGGUAGUUAUUUACUUUUCUACACGAAUGGCAACCCUCAUGUUGAAAUUAUAAAUUAAAAGCAAAGACCGACAAAGAACGAGACAUUAUGGUAUUUGGAGAAUAUUAAAAUUACAAUAUAAAAAAGGUAUAAUUUAAAAUGUUUACGUAAGCAAAGGGGGAGGGGGUAAGA